AGGCAUGGCAGGUCGCGCGUAUACACUCCACGAUAUCGCCACGACACGCGUUACAAUCGCGGAACGAGCUGCCGUUCUUGCUCCGUUACUGUGAUCCCGCUAAUUGAGAGGAAGGAACAGACCAAAAGACAGAAAAGAGACCGCUCGAGAUACACACACACGCAAACACGCUACUCGACGACGCACGUUUCAUUUUUAUCAUUUAUUUUUUUUCUAAACAACCACUCUCUACUUAUGCCCAAGAAACGAGCAAUAACGACCGCUCCAAGUUUCUUUCAAGCCCCCCAAGUGCUCCGUUAAACCCCCCGAUUUAAGGGGUACUUUUUGAAAUUCGAUAUAUCCUGUAGAUACGCGACGUAUCCACGAGCACAUUCGUACAGCGGCGUCAAGAGCACACACCGUGGACCAAUAACUGCACGGCGAAAGGGCGCGCUCUCUUGAAAUCAGCCGUUGCACGGAAUUUCGAACUGAAAGGCGCGCGAGAUGAUCGCGUGCUCGCCGAAACAUUCAUCGGUCUUCUCGUCGCCUCGGGCUCCGAUCGUCAAACGUUUAAAAAAUAAUCGAGUUCACGUGUGCCACGGGUGAUAAGUUUAACCAAUCGCCACAGUUUUUAUACGGUGCUUCCUUUUUGUGACGUUUUCUUUCUUUUUCUUUCGUUGCUUUGUUUGUGUGUGUGUGUGUGCGUGCGCUUUUUUUUCAUUGUUUUUAACCCUUUCAAACUUCGAUCCUCCGUAUCGAACGAUCGUUGUUACUUUUUUGUUUUCUCUUUCGCUCUCCCCGACUAAUAUCUGUCAGAGUGAAUUCCUCAUUUUGACGUUAUAAAAACAAUACGCCAGUCGGCCAGUCGGAACGGAACUUUUGCGGAUUCCGCGCUCCAGGUUAUUUAUCGAUACGUGCGCGACAAGCUCGGACCUACGAUGCCAUUUUUUUUUACAAAUAAAGAGCGCUCCUCGUAGAUGACAAAGUAAAGAUAGACUAACGUUUUUAUACAUGCGGAAAAUCUGAGCAGACAUUCGCCGGGAAUAUCCGCUUCGGAGCGCGUUUGCCGAGUCGCUCCGGGAAUAAAUGCAUCAGCGGCAGUGACGUUUUGCCAAUUAUUUCGAUCGGGGAACGAGCGAGAUAAAUACGGGGAUUCAAGCCUUUUUACUUUUGUUUAUCUCCGGCAUCUCUUUCCCGGGAACUCAUUGCUGCGCGACUCUAAGCACAGUAUCGCGCUAUUAUACACCGCGAAAGUUCGGAGUGCAGUGAAAGUGCCUUCGUAGUUUAUUUAGAAGCCGAUGUCAAAGUACCCAAGGUGAAUAGAUAUAACGAUGGUAGAUACGCAACAUUUUUGUCUGCGAUGGAACAAUUACCAGAGCAGCAUCACAUCCGCGUUUGAGAAUCUUCGCGAUGACGAAGAUUUCGUCGACGUCACACUCGCCUGCGAUGGCAAGAGUCUCAAGGCGCAUCGCGUCGUGCUCUCCGCCUGCAGUCCAUACUUUCGAGAACUGCUCAAGAGCACACCGUGCAAACAUCCGGUGAUAGUACUUCAGGAUGUGGCAUUCAGUGACUUGCAUGCCCUCGUUGAAUUCAUCUACCAUGGCGAGGUGAACGUUCACCAGAGAUCGCUCAGCAGUUUCCUCAAAACUGCGGAGGUCCUGAGGGUCUCGGGUCUAACGCAACAAGCCGAUCAGACCGAGCGAGAUGAGCUAUCGCACGUACGUGCAUUGGCAGCCCGUACUAACCAUUUACCACCGCAUGAUAAGCUGGCCGAUGAGGGUUUCCCGAGGGGUGGCUCACCACCGACACCGGCGACGCCGACCCCAACGUCGGUUCAACACAUGCUUAGACGAGGACAAAUACGGAGAAACGAGAUGCGCUCGCCGGAUUCGCACGACGAAACGACCAAAAGAAUACGCGUUCAUUCACCACCGUUGAACAACAACGACGCGACCCCGACCGAUUUUUCAAUGGUGAAAAAUCACUUGUCCUCCAAGGUCGAGGGCAACGGCCUCCACGACGAGAACAGUCGUAUCGCCGACGAUAAUAUUAAGUGCGAACCCUUGGAAUUGACCGGUGGUAAUGGCGGCGCUGCCGCCAAUAACGAGGAUUCUUCCGACUCGGGAGCAGCCGCCUCCGAUCGGCCACCAGCAUCCGCGAGCAGUAACGAACACGAUCACGAACCCGAACAUCCAUCCACACCCAAUUAUUUGCCGGAGAGCAAGCUCUUCACCUCGACACCGGGAAGCUUUAAUUUCAGCAUGGCAGCCCUCACGACGGAUCACACGCCCUUAUCAGUGAAAUUUCCAGGAUUAGGCCACGGCUUACAGACGCCGGAUCUCGCAGGAACUUCACAAGACCGGGAGGUCGCCGAGGAGGACGGGGGUUGGCGGUCCGCAAUCACGUCCGACAGGGUGUGCCAUGAGGGCAACCGACGCAUCGAAAGGAGCAGCGGAGAAGAUGAUGAUGUUGAUGAUGGGGAUGAUGAUGAGGAGGAGGAGGAAGAGGAAGAGGAGGAUGAGGACGAUGACGAUAAUGAUGAUGAUGAUGAUGAUGAUGAUGAUGGGCCGCAGGGCAAUGAUAACGACGAGGACGAGCACAAGAACGAGGCUGUUCGCGAGCACGAUAACGACGAAGCCUCGAAAAGUCGUUAUCGGGGUACAGCAGAUGCGUCGAUUUUCGCGACAACUUCGGACGAGCGGGAACGUCACAGUGAUCGACUCGGCUCGAUGAUGACGGAUCAGCAGCAUGAGGACCUGCCGAUAAUCGAUCUUCUCGACGAGAUCAACAAGCAAAUCGCGUUCAAGAGCGAACCGGCGUCGCCCAAAUGUAACGUGGUCGAUGACUUCGAAUCCUGUUUCGUGCUCGAUGACACCGAUGACGAUUACGACGUCGGGAAUUCUCAUGGCAACGGUGAUUAUCGCCAACGUAACAAAAAUCGUAACGUUGCCAAGCAAACUACUGCGUCGGCCGAGAAUCAUUCGUCCACGAGGAAGCUCGAGCACACCUCGGACGCCCUCAAACCUCGCGUCAAAUUGCGUGGAAUGAGCCGUCGACCGGUUGCCGAAACCGAACGCAAAUAUGCCGCUCACCUCCGCACCUCCGGGAGCACGACUUACUGCCGGUUUUGUCAGAAAACUUUUUCACGCGCUUGGUCCCUCCAACGCCAUCUCGCCGACACCCACUUCUACGUGCCGCAAUCUUUGGCCUGUGACCAAUGCGGGCGUAGCUACAAAUCUCGCAACAGUCUCGUCAGCCACAAGAGCCAAUAUCACGCGAGAAAAGACAGAAAAGAUCACGAGGCUCAUUGCGAGCUCACUUACUGAGAGCCCGUCCUCGCAUUUCCGGUCUAACUUAAAAUAAUAAAAACAACGAAAGUCAGCGAGGUCAAACUUCAGGACUCUCGCGACUGAUUUCACCGUCGGAAGAAAAACGAUCAUUCGUAUCGUCCCACCUCGAAUCUUCAGCAACAUCCCAAGUUUCAAAUCGAGAAGAAAAAAAACACUUGAAUCGCGCAAAACAUCGGUCAUCGAGAACACGACCGUACCGACGCGAAUCAAAGUACCACGAUUGCGCGUAUAUUACCGACCGACACGCUUCACCAAAUAUAAACAACAGCAAAUAAGUCAGGCCACGUGACACCAUGACGCAUCACCUGCUACAUGGAAUCUGUAUAAUUUUUAUUAUUUAUUCUACUUUAUUAAGGGACUGAACAGACAGAUGAGCUAUUACAAUCAAUCGAGAAAUACCAGUGUAAUUAUGAAAUCGUGUGUCCCUCGAAAGAGAUUAAAUAAAAAGCCUCUUCAGACUCGAAAUAAGAUGAAUUCGGGGGUCCUUGUCUCGUUGAUUUUAGUGGAAAAGGGAUUUCGUAUUGUCGACCAGGUCCAUUGACUUUACAAAUGAUAAAUUAAUGAUUUAAUCAUUCUGAAAGAAUAUUCGCAGCUCUUUUCGUACAUAUAGAAAUUAGUCACGCGUCAUCGUCCAUUCCCAGUGUAUGCAGCUCUCGUAAUAUCUCAAGAAUAAUGAUUAAUCGUUAUUUACUAAGCCCCGGUUAAUGAAAAUGAAAGAAAAAAAGAAAAAAAAAAGAAAAAAAAACAAGCCGAAGUACCUUAACAUCCGCUUCAUCGCAUCAGCUCAUCAAAACCGAUCACCAAAUCAUCUGUAUAUACAUUUAUUAUUACAUUUAUAUAAUAUAUUUAUUCUGUACUAUUUAUCACGUAUUUAAGUCUACUUCUACUAUCCUACUGCUGUAAAUAAUACGCAUCAACACGGAUACAUCUGGUGUACCGAACACUAACGUCAUCGCUCUCGAUCGAUCGCUGGACUAUUGGAUUGCUUGCACUCUACUUAUCGCUAUAAAAAUCCAAUUCAAUUUUUUACACUCACACUUUACACCAAAUGACACUCGUACACUUACACUGUGACGUGAAAAAAAAAAAAAAAAGAAAAAAGAAAAAAAAAUGGCUCUCUCG